AUGCCGGGGCGCGCGCCCCCCGAGGCCCCGCGCGCCGCCCUUUUCCUCGCCGUGGUCCUCGCGUCCCUCCCCACCCGCCCGGCGCAGGGAGAGGAGGACACAGAACUGUCAGGAGACGUGCCCCUAGGCACGGAAGGCCUCGAUGAAGAGUCAGCGGUUCUAAGCACACCUGCUGCAGUGACCACAGAAGCUUACAUCACCAGUAUAAAUUCUACCCUUAUUGAGGAAGAUACAGACCAGUUAGAGUUUAUAUUAAUGGUGUUGAUCCCAGUGAUUUUACUGUCUGUCCUACUUCUAUCAGCAAUAGUCCUUGUAAUAUACCAUAAAAGAAAAAGGAAUAAACAAGAGCCCUCUAGCCAAGGAUCUCAGAGUGUUUUACAGACACAUGAACUGGGAAGUGAAAACGUGAAAGUCCCUAUUUUUGAGGAAGACACACCCUCUGUGAUGGAAAUAGAAAUGGAAGAGCUUGAUAAGUGGAUGAACAGCAUGAAUCGAAGUGCUGACUAUGAAUGUUUACCUACUUUAGAGGAAGAAAAGGAACCAAACCACAACAACCCAAGAAGCAGCCCCAGAGGAAGCCCGCGGGGCCUGCCAACAGAAGAUGAAGAGGAUCCGAAUUUAAUUAACUUCAAAUCAAUGUAA